CACGUCGUCUGUGUAUCUGCUACCACUGUUCUGGACGAUGAGCAGCUCGGACGGAUACUUUGAUGACGAUAUAGACUCUGCCAUUCUCGAGCAGGUCGAUGCUAUCGAGGCCGCACAUACUCAGGCCUUCGCAACCGCCCCUAGUCGUCCUGUACGCCCACCUCAGAAAGCCCCGCCGCCUCAAGAACGCGAAGUGAUUGAGAUAGACGACUCAUAUGACUAUGGCACAUUUGAUAUUGACGACAAAGAUCUGGAAAUCAUCGACAAGAUAUGUGACGAGGCGUACAAGGGGAAGAGGACUGUUGCACCUAUCGCGGGGCCCAGUAGGGCGAGAUCAGGCCUACAACGAACGGCUUCAGCGGCAACGGUGCAAACAACACUUUUUGGAGGCGUCGUGCAACACAAGCCGCCAUCGUCUCCCCACAAGCCGCCGUCGUCCUCACGCCAGCCGGUCCGACGCGCGAACACUAACUCGAACAACCUCUUCACGGGCAACCCGAAGAAAAUCAAGAAGUGGGAUCACACCGCGUUUGCAAAGUCUGGCUGGAAAAAGCCAAAGGCUGUCAAAGGAAAGGAGAAGGCGGGCUCGUUUAACGAUGGCGAGGAGGAGGACGACUGGGAGGAAGAGGAGGUCGAGUUUGAGCAAUUCCCAGCUCCGUUCAUAUCACUGGGGUGCCCGCCUCCUAUGAAGCUUCAGUCAGACAUGCUUGCCGCCCGACGUUGGUUAUACCCGUUGAACCAGGAAAAGCGAGAUUACCAGUUCAACAUAGUCAAACGCUGUCUGUUUGAAAACACGCUUGUUGCAUUGCCUACUGGUCUUGGCAAGACCUUUAUCGCCGGUGUUGUCAUGCUAAACUUCUUCACGUGGUUUCCCGAAGGCAAGGUUGUUUUUGUCGCGCCGACGAAGCCACUGGUGGCGCAGCAAAUCGAAGCUUGCCACAAGACAUGUGGAAUUCCUGGCAGCCAUGCUGCCGAGCUCACAGGCCAGAACCCACGGGCUUACCGCGCAAAAGCAUGGCAAGAGAAGCGUGUCUUCUACAUGACGCCACAAACUCUCAUGAAUGACCUGAAGACAGACAACUGCGACCCGCGAGACAUCGUGCUGCUCGUGAUCGACGAGGCGCAUAAGGGCACCGGCGACUACGCGUACGCGCAGGUCGUCCGGUAUCUGAUGGCGAAGAACCCGCACUUUCGGGUGCUCGCGCUGACAGCAACACCCGGAGGCAAGCCCGAGGCUGUGCAGAUGAUAGUUGACUCGCUACACAUCAGUCACGUCGAGAUCCGUGACGAGCAGAGCCUCGACCUUGCGCCGUACCUGCACAAGAAGCACAUCCGGCAGCACGUCAUACAUAUGACAGACGACGUCGCGAAGAUUAGAGACAUGCUGGGUGAAGUUAUGGAGCCUAUGAUCACGAAGCUCUCGAAACAGAAGAUACUGUAUCACAGCCCAACGCCUGUCUGCUUGCAUCCCUACAGCUGCACCAAGGCCAUGAGCGCGCUGCAUGCACGGCGCGACCGCGCACGAUGGGCAUUCGGAAUGCUCACGAAGCUCGGUGCCCUCGCACGUAUCAUGGGUUACCUUAUCGAAGGCAGCCUCGAACAGUGCUACGACGCCCUGAAGGAGCUCUGCUCCGGUGUCAACGAGACGACGGGCAAGCAGACCGCGACGAAGGCGAAGGCGGACCGCUUCGGCAAGGACGAGAAGCUGCAGCAGAUCGUCGCCGAGCUCGAGCGGAUGCACGCGCGCCCGGGCGGGUUCGGCGCGCACCCGAAGAUGGAGAAGCUCAAGACGCUGCUCGUCGAGCACUUUGCGCAGAAGGGCUUCGAGGCCGAGGGGCACGGCGCCGGCGACGGCGAGCUCAACAGCGACUCGCGCGUCAUGGUGUUCACGUCCUUCCGGCAGAGCGUGGAGCUCAUCACGGACGCACUGAACAAGGACCGGCCGCUCAUACGUGCGGUGCCGUUCAUCGGGCAGGGCGUCGACAAGCAUGGGAAGAAGGGCUACGGGCAGAAGGAGCAGCUGGAGAUUAUCAAGCGCUUUAAGGCGGGCGAGUUCAACGUCCUUGUCUCAACGUCGAUCGGUGAGGAGGGUCUCGAUAUCGGCGAGAUCGACAUGAUUGCGUGCUACGACGCGCAGAAGACACCUAUCCGCAUGCUGCAACGCAUCGGCCGUACUGGUCGUAAACGCGACGGAUACGUGCAUGUUCUGCUGAGCGAGGAACGCGAAGAGCGCAACUGGGAAAAGGCUGAUGACAACUACAAGGACGUACAGCGGUUCAUCCUGCGCGCCGAAGCCCUGGAGUUGUACGAAGACGUCGAACGGCUCAUCCCCGAGCACAUCAAGCCUGAGUGCAUCGAGAUGGUCAUGGACAUUGAGGAGUACGUGCGCGAGGACCCCGAGAAGCGCAAGCUAGAAUCUCUGCCCAAGGCCAAGAAGCGUGCGAGGAACGACGACGCGAUGCGCAAUGUGCCGGAAGGCGCCGCGACGGGGUUCGUCAGCGUCAGGGAUCUUCUGCAGAAGGGCAAGAAGAGGAAGAAGCCAAUCGAGCCCAUCGAUCUCGACCGUGCCGAUGAAAGCGACGAUGUGGACCGGGAGAUCGAGGCGGGCAUUUUCGGGCCGCGGCGCACGGUUUCGACUCCUGUGGAGAAAUCGAAAGCGAAGCGCGUGAAGCGAUCUGCAACGAUCGCUGCUGCUGACGCGACCGGAGCGGGAAAGAAGAGAAGCAAAGCAAAGAAGACAAAAGAUGAAUUGGCAAGUCUGGAAGAGCUCACGGCCAGCCAGAUCGAGCGGCUCGGUGAAGACGAUUCAGAAGAUGAGGCGAUCGCGCAAGGGCUUAGCGUGGCGAAGUCGUCUGCUUCCUCCAAAGCGAGCAACAAAGCUAAGACUAGCGCCACUGUCAAAGCGUCCGGUAAAAAGCGCAAGAGACCACCAUCACCGCCGCCACGCCCUGGAACACCAACGCCCUCUUCAAAGAAAGGUGGCAGCUCUCGCUCGGCGCUGAUCCCUGAGCCAAUGACUCCGCCAGAUUGGUCGUCGUCACCAGCACGCCCGCUCGCAGAACUCGACAUCGUCGAGUUGACUUCCCCCGGAAUGUCUCCCAUCGACCGCACGCCGUCGCCCGAGUUUGAGUCACCUCGGUGGUCCUCGCCGGACGUCUCCAUCUCGUCUGCCCGCAAGUCGUCUGUGCCCAAGGGGAAGUCGCGGUCGCCUAUCAGCUCGCCCGCGCCCAUUCCGGACUGCUCAGCCUCGGUGUCGUCUCGUAGUAUCACUGCCGAGGUAGGUGGCUUGGAUGAAUUGGACAGUAUGGACAGAGCGGGCGAAGCAGGCGCAGAUACGAGUAUGGCGUGGCUGCUCGAGGACGACAGCGAGCCGGAUAUCGAAGUUAUUGGGUCUUCGCCGGCCUCUGACCGUGUCUCAAGAGACCCACCGCGGGUUGCUCUUGACGACAGCUCGGACGUUGAGGUCCUCCCGAUGUCACCUAAACCAGCAAAAUGGAAGUCUCCACCUAUGCAGCGAGACCCAUCCAUAGAGAAGUUCACGGGGGUCGAUGACAAUGAGCCAGCGUCGAAUGCCAAGAUCUCACGUGCGAAAUCAUCUGCUAAGUUCAGGCGAGUAGGUGCAGCCUCGAGUGCCGGAAUGAAGAUGCCACCUCCAGCUCUGCCCGCCCGCUUCACGCUAUCCUCGUCGCCGCCUCCAGAUUCAGCGCUCGACAUUGAAGCCGACGUGGAUUAUCAGCAACAUCCGUCUUCCGAUGGUCCUCCAAUUGCAACCUUCGCCGUCCGCGGCCCUGCACGGACGAAGAAACUGAUGCAAGUCAACUCUUCGCCGCUCAGGACGCCCUCGGACGCACCAAGACGCCUUCGACGCGGUCCGCCACCUCCACCGCGUGCGCGGUCGCCAGCCGAGGACUCCGCCUGCGCCUCGCAGCCGCCCUCGGACACACACGAGCCUGCACGCCCUCCAAAGCACAAGAAGCGCAAGUUUGCCGACGCGCGUGCGCUGGCGCGGGCGAACCCGUGGCUGGACAUCGAGGCGGCGCACUCGGGGAGCGAGGCCGAGGACGGCGCGCUGGAGGACGCGGACGCGUACAGCGACGUCGCAAGCAGCGAUGCCGGCUUCGCAGGCGACUUUUCCGCGACCCAGGCGCCCGCGGGGUAUGACCAGGCGGCGGUCUACCGCCGGAGCCUGCUGACGCAGGCCAUGCCCACCGCGAGCGUGCCCGUGUUCGCCCGUGGGCCUACCCGGAGGGACGUGUUCCGUGCGGGGGCUGCACGAAGCGGUGUGGGAAGGCGUGGGCUGCCCUCGAGUAGCCCGCCGAGGGAGCUGAAUAGCGAGGAUGAGUACGAGCUGGGGACGUUUGUUGUGGACGAUGACGAGGAGAUUUCGUAUGCGCGGGGGUCGCCGAUCCUUAGUCAAUGACUUGUAGCUCGUUCAUGUCGUAGCAUUGAUUCCACAUACAGCAGUUGUCUGAGGUAUCCGGGCGACCUUAAUCUAACAAUCGAGAUCUACGUUACAGCCAAAGACUUUCACCGCUGGUAUAUCAGCUAUUGUUGACUAACGCAAAGCUUGUUUGGCGGUUCAAUACACACGAGCUGGAAGAGAUGUGCGCUACAGCAAGGAUAAUCCGCGUGCACGAUAACUUCUCUGCAAACUUCCUACGAGACAAGAUCCACUAGAAGUCAGAACAGCAUAAUAACACAAAAACAUGACAGCAACGCAGAGGACAUCAUGAAGAUACAGAAAACAUGAAGAUGAUGUGGAGAAUGUGCGACGAAAGGAUGAACAAUGGGAGCCGGCAUUGUCCAUGUGGAAGAUGACGUAACGGGUCCAGCUCUGGACGAGGUCUUUCACCGACCGAUGCAAUUACACCGCAGAAGAGAUCUAACGCA